AUGAACCCUAAUCACAAAGGCAACGGCACAGCAAACUUCACAUGUGCCGUGUGCUGCCGCGCCUUUCACCGGGCAGAUCAUCUAGCGAGGCAUGUCCGCAGCCAUAACAACGUCCGGCCCUUCCGAUGUGAGGUUUGUGGUCGAACGUUCGGCCGCCGCGAUGUGCUAUUACGCCACGCUGACCAAGUCCACCGACAAAAUGGAGGUCGUGAGAAGGAUGCCCCUUCGUCUAGACUCGCCCAAAGCAAUAAAGGCCUGAGUGGUGAUGAAAUCUCAUUCUCGCGGAGGUCUCAAUCUACCCCUAAAAGACAAUGCAUAGGAGAAAAGACUCCGGCGACACGGGCCGUCGAGUUCGUCAGACACUCACCAGCACAUGAAAUCGUUGAUGGCAUUGAAAAAGUAGCCUCCCUACGAGGAGCAGAAUUGGACGACUUUGUCCAACGGCUAUCCAGGGUCAGUUCCUACGCAGAUCUGACUCGUGUCUUUCGUAAACAAACCCUCCCUAAGCCAAAUGAGAUACCUAUUCAAGUUUAUCCGAAUAUCCUGGCUGGUGAUUGCGCAAGGUAUAUUCGGAUUCAACAGACUCCUCCUCAACCACUACAAGUUGCCAGCGCAUACCCAGUCACGUCCCUUAGCGAGUAUACUAUCGAUCGCCUCCUGCAAUCCUAUAGGGAGAACUUUCCCUUUCCCUGGAUCCAUUUUCCCACUUGGGAUUUCUCCCCUGCGUCAUUGCGGCGAGAACAACCCUAUGAUACAUUGGGUGCCAGCUGCUGCCACGAGACCGCCCUGGCUUUAGACUUGUACCAACAGGUCCGAAAAGGGAUCCUUGGCUGGGUUUCUCGAGCCAGAGAGGAGCCACUGCCCCAGGCGUUCUUCCAAGCCUUCAUCGGAUAUCUCGCCUUUGGUAUAACCUUUGGAGACAAAUCCUUGGAAGAUCUGACUAUUGGCCACACGAUUUCCCUCAGAGCGUUGGUGAGAGAUGCAGCCUUGGAAAAGCCAAAGGCAACUGUAGAUGAACUGGCUGUUUGUGGAUGUGGAUGCUGUGCUGAUAAACAUGUGUCUCAAUGGCUUAGGUGGGUGAGAGUUGAGGAACGCAAGCGCACCUUCUUUGCAUAUUUCUCGGUUCUGAGUUCGACCCUGAUGUACCUCGAUUCCAUUGCUACCGUGGAUUGGCGCGAAGUCGGAUAUGAUUUGCCUUGUGGCGAGCAAGUCUGGUUGGCUGAUAGUGCCUCAGCUUGGAGCGAAGCAAUCAGGACAGAUCCUCUGCAACCACCGUUUGCCGAAGCCGUACGGCAUCUGUUCGAGAACGAUGCCGCCGUCGAUGACCAGAAGAGACCUUUUGGACCUCAUACAAGUUCCAACGGUUAUGGAGGCCAACGCCAGCACAUGGACCGUCUGCUGCAAACUGAAAUGUCCUGCUUUCUCCUCAUUACAGCAGUACACUACGAGGCCUUCCAUGCUCGAACACAGCCUGGCCCGUACUAUGAAAAUUCUGAUGAGGCGCUUGAAAGAUGGCAGGCUCUUUGGACAGAAGCUUGUGCUGACAUGGGUUCUGAGCACGUUGAGAGGCUCAGGAGCUGCAGCACCGCCAUGUUCAACCACACGCAGUUGGUUCUGCAGGCUAACAUCGAGGAAGCAAGAGAGGCUCUCAUGUCCCGAAGGUUCAAGAAACUCCACAUCUUAUUCUUGUUUCUCGACCGCCUUCCCCAGCCUGGGUAUCCUCUGGACCUGCCAUGGGCCUCCGACGAAAGUCAGUUGAUCGAGAACAUGUUUUUCAUAAGCGAGCAGCGCAGUGCGUUCCGCCACCUCGCAACAUGCGCUCUGAAUGCCCUGGAACAAUCUGUCAUAUAUGUUUCGAAAGAAAGCCAGCGCGUUCAGAUUGGGUUGCACGUGGCGGCAUCCAUGUUUUACAACAUACAAUGCUUGUGCAGCUGGCUAUGCUUCUUCGCUCAUUGUCUGGAUCGAGGUCUCUACGGCGGCGACUUCGAGUGGGAUGAUAACGCAGAUGCCAAGGACAGCCGUUUGCUCGAGUCUAUUCUGUCGUUUGCAAAGAACAGAAAAAGGGAGUUCAAUGCAUCAUAUGAGAUCCUGAGCUCCCCAGAUGACUUCGACAGGAACAAGGCGGGCCGACUUGCAUGCGACCUACUUGAUGUGCACCAUCAUAUCCUCAGUCGAUGUGGAACUUGGCCCCUUUUCGACCAUGUUGGUGAUGCUUUGAAAGGGCGCUCUCUUGCGAUUUCUGACUGGAUAGAUGCCAACUAG